GCCGCCCUGCGUGAAAUCUCCGGACCUGCGGACGCUGAGGCUCCGCUCCGCGGGUGAGGACGCAGCCAGGAAGGGACCCUGAGAACACGGGGCGCCGGUGAGGGGGUGCAGGCUCGCUGCGUCCCGGUGGGACCCCCAGGAUUUCAGCACAAGUCACCCUGAGGCACAGGAUUGACAGCAUAGGUCAAAAGCUGAGAUUCUCCGCAGCAAUCAUGGACCACAAGUGGAGCACUCACUGAGCCUGGGCAGGCCCACCCUUCCCAGAGCCUCAGGACUCCAAGGGGAAGGAGGAGAUCCCCCAAAGGAAGGACAGGAGUUUCCCAUCUAUUAGGUGGAGACAUUAAGUGUGAAGAAGAGACACAAUGCAACAAAGGAAGAGUUGUGGCUAAUGCUUGGCAGCUCUCAGUGCUCAGUAAAGGAGAAGAAGAGGAAGUGGGAAAAGAGAAGAGAAAGAGGUCUCUUCCUGGCUUGGCUGCCUGCUUCUGUGGCCAGCCUGAUACCACAGGUGGGACCACAAUUCCUCCAGACUGGGGACUCUGCUCCUGCACACUGCCCUCUGAAUGCCAGGGAGGCACUGACAUCAGGAACCGGGCCUCAGGCUGGCCUGAGGUUGGCUCCAGGCAGAUGGCAUGCAGGGCCAGGGCUGGGAGGAUGGUGGGUACCACAGCUAACCUUGUUUACCUGACUCAGUGUUGGUGGCUGUCCCCAGGUCACACAGCAAGUUGGUGGGGGAUCCCAGUCUGUCUGACUCCUCGGUGGAGGAAGCUGAGUCUUAACCUCUGUCAUCCUGUGCCCUUACAGCUCAGCUCAUGAGCCAGCGGCCCAGCAAGGGGAUUCCCGGGCAUGGUUUCCCAGCAGGCAGGCAAGCCCAAGGUUGGGAAGCCUCUCACCAGGUCUGGCCAUGUCUGGCUGCUUUCCGACUGGACAACGGACAGGCAAUGACUCAGGCUUCCAACUGCUACCUCUGGCCGCCAGUCUCCCUCAUCCCUUCCAGUCAGGAGGGCCUUGUCCAAGGCAGGUUACGCAGUCAUCCCAGGGCAGCCUGAGGCCAUGGCAUCUAAGGAGCCAAAGCACUUCAGUUUUGUCAGUUCUUCCUUGUGUCUAAACUCACUGCUUCACCUCACAGACGCCACCUGGACUAAGAGAAGGAAAUGGGCACAGGUUGUCCCCAGAGGGUAAAGGCUUUGGUGUUCUCGCUCAUAGUGAACUGGAGGGGAGGUGGCAGUUCUCCAGAGCCUCUACCUCAAGUACACAAGGCUCAGUCCUGGCUUUGGCACCACAGCCUUACAAUAAGUUCCCUUGGUGCCUAUGAGCCACAUGGGCCAGGGCGGAAGCUUGUCUGGGAGGGGUACCCGGGAGGAAGGCUGAGGAGCAGUCAGAGGAAUUCAGGCUGGGAAGCCAGUCCGGGACACGUGAGCCCUUGGCUGUCCCCUGGCACCACCUCAUGGCCACAAGUCCUCAGUGCAGGGAAGACUCCAGCCUCCGUGGUAGCAACUGAAACCAUUCAGAUGUCGCACCCAAAUGCACCCUUGGGCUGUCAACUCCAAGAAGCCUUAGGAACUGCUCUCCUUCCUGGGAUAGACGGUGACCCACUCUGGUGGGUGUGGUCAUCCUGGCAGCCAACAAGGGACUAGCUGCCAGGCAGGAGGCCACCUUGCCCACCUUGCCCUUCAGGGCCCCAGCACAGCUCAAAUCAGGCAAAAGAGCCCAAUGCACUUAGCUGGCUCAGACAAACUGCUGGCACAGACUGAGUAAGCAGUAGAUGUUCAAUUUGUAUGCAAACAACUGACCAGGGAUUUCCCAACAAUUCAAACCGAACUUUCUCAGUUUGGUCCAAGCUUUAGACUCCUAUUUGGUUUCUCAAACUCUUGCCUCUAAAAUGUGUUGGGGAUAAGAGCAAUGUCCUGAUUGCUCCUGGAUUCCUGGAGCGUUCUUAGCGUCCUACAGGGUGAAAGGAGGCCCUGCUCCCUAUGCCAUUCAUCCCUUACCAUGCUGGCGCCCACUGUGACCACAUUCUCCCAAGGUGGCCCAGAGAGAACUCAGGCUUCCAUUUCCUGGUGUCAUGUUCUCUCCCUGCACCACCUAAGCCCCACCUGGUUGCCUCAAAAGCAAAUCUCCCCUCUUCCAGGUCAGCCUCCUUCAGUGCCACCUCCACUCUGGAGCUCACUCCCCGGGGACAGUGAGGAGACACUUCUCCCCCUCUGGUUGUCCUAACAGCUCCAAGCUUGAUUAGGCGAUACAGAGGGUCGGGGAAGACUUGGCACAGCAAGGAAGAGGCUGGGAAAAUGAACAGGGCCUCUGGGUGUUACACUCAUGUGACUUAGGAGAAUACAGAGAAGGGUGAGGAGAAAGAAAAUUUCUGGGUCUGCGACCGGCCUUGGACCUCAGUCCUCCAACUCCUGUCUCCCCCUUCACUCCUGCCUCUCCACGGCUGGGGUGGGGAGGGUUCUGGGAAGGACGCCCUUUCUCUGCCUUUUCUCCGCCUCCUCACUCCUCUAGGCCCAGUUUCCGCCAGACUGAAGUGCCGGGGGUGGCAGGGAGGAGGUGGCCCCCAUAGAGACUAUUUCAGUCAGAGACAGCGCUGCCAAGAAGCAGAGGAAGCUGCCCGUCUCUCCAUGACUGGAGGUGUUGCCGUCUGCCAAGGACAGGACUGGGGGUGCCUCGGCCCUGGCUUCCCUUUGCCGCAACACGCCUGAGCCCACCAACCUGCUGCGGGGACAGAGACUGCAUGCAUUACUGAUGUGGAAAUACCCCUCUUCAGGAAUAUUUAGAAGAUUCAGAAGUUUAAGAUAUUUUGCUGUUGGGUCUCCGAAAACUCAGCCUGAAUUAAUGAGAGAAAACAAGGCUGCAGCCAGAAAAAAAGAAACAUGGCUUUGGAAAGUGAAGUUCAGGCUGCCGAAGUGAGAGCUGCCUUCAAUGAGCUCAUGCCUCUCUGAAUGUAGGAAGCCCCAUUGGGCAGUUAUGGAGUGGGACAAUAACACAAUCCAGUCCUUGAGCUUGCCACCCACCACCUGUGUCUACCGAGAGGACUUCAAGCGCCUGCUGCUGCCACCAGUGUACUCGGCGGUGCUGGUGGCCGGCCUGCCACUGAACAUCUGUGUCAUUGCCCAGAUCGGCAUGUCCCGCCGGGCCCUGACCCGCACGGCCGUGUACACCCUAAACCUGGCCCUGGCCGACCUGCUGUAUGCCUGCUCCCUGCCCCUGCUCAUCUACAACUAUGCCCAAGGGGACCACUGGCCCUUUGGGGACCUCACCUGCCGCCUGGUGCGCUUCCUCUUCUACGCCAACCUGCACGGCAGCAUCCUCUUCCUCACCUGCAUCAGCUUCCAGCGCUACCUGGGCAUCUGCCACCCCUUGGCCCCCUGGCACAAGCAUGGAGGCCGCCGGGCUGCCUGGAUCGUGUGUGGAGUCGUGUGGCUGGUGGUAACAGCACAGUGUCUGCCCACAGCCAUCUUUGCUGCCACGGGCAUCCAGCGGAACCGCACCGUCUGCUACGACCUGAGCCCACCGGCCCUAGCCACCCACUACCUGCCCUAUGGCAUGGCCCUCACGGUCAUUGGCUUCCUGCUGCCCUGUGCAGCCCUGCUGGCCUGCUACUGUCGCCUGGCUCGCCGCCUGUGCCGCCAGGAUGGCCCUACAGGGCCUGUGGCCCAAGAGCGGCGGGGCAAAGCGGCCCGCAUGGCCAUGGUGGUGGCAGCCGUCUUUGCCAUUAGCUUCCUGCCUUUCCACAUCACUAAGACAGCCUACCUGGCAGUGCGCUCUAUGUCAGGUGUCCCCUGUCCCGUGCUGGAAUCCUUUGCUGCCGCCUACAAAGGCACGCGGCCCUUUGCUAGUGCCAACAGUGUGCUGGACCCCAUCCUCUUUUACUUCACCCAAAGGAAGUUCCGGCGGCGGCCGCAAGAGCUAAUACAGAAACUCACAGCCAAGUGGCAGCGGCAAGGUGGCUGAGUCCACCAGAGGAGGACCUGGGGUCUGGAUGCUGUCGUGUUCGCCAUCAGAGCUAAGGCAACCCACCAACUCCAAACCAUGCAGAGAACUGAAAUUCGGCUCAACUGGCUAUACAGUAAAACCCUCCACGGUCCCAAACUUCAUCAACUAUUUAUUGAGUCCUUUCUCAAGAUCAGGCUACAUGGGCUUAGAAACCAAAAGGCCUGAGCCUGGCCCUCCAAAAGCUCCCAAUCAGCCAGAAAGAGUAAACAAAACCAUGGUAAGCUGGGCAUGGUGGCACAAACCUCUAAGUCUAGCACUCCAAGAGGCUGCGGCAGGAGGAUAGAAAGUUCAAGCCCAGCCUGGGCAACUCAGUGACUCUCUGAGGUCCUGUCUUAAAAAUUAAAACCUGAAAAAUGGGCUGGGUAUGCAGCUCACUGUGAAGUCCCUAGGUUCAGCCUCUAGUACAGAAAGAAAGAGAGAGAGAGAAGAGAAAAGAAAAGAAAGAGAAAGAGAAAGAAAGAGCAAGCAAGAAAGUUAACAAGCCAUGUUAAGCUGCCCACAGAAGUACAAUGUGACUUGUACUGUGAUAGAGGCUUCAUACUAUACUGUACUUGUACGGUAAAUACAUGCUUUGGAAUCACCAAUGAAAGGCAUGAGAGAAAGUAGGAAAGGAACAGAACUUCUAGGAAGGGGCAUUUAAGCUGGGUUUUGAAGGAUGAAUAUGGGCUCUCUGGUGGGAAUGUAUGACAUUCUACUUAUUUAGUAAUCCUUUACUAAGACCUGUACUCAAGCCUGCAAGGCCCUAGAAAAACCAGUUCUAGUCAUGUCCUAUUUAAGCUGUCACUGCCUGGAGGUAUAGUCCUUGACACAGUGAUAUAGGAGCUGUGACUGGUAUCAGUGCCCACAAGAUGCCCAUGACUUCCUCCAAGGAGUCAGUAAAGACCUCUCUGGGGAGGAGCCAUCUGAAACGGACAUCAGAGGCUAAAUGGGGCUCAGCAGUCAGAGGUGAGGAAGCACGUUAGUGCAGCCUGGGCCAGCUGUCUGCCGGGUGCACAGGAGAGGGCUGAGGAGGACAUAUGUGGUUUCCUAUGUGUGAAAGCCGAGGAAACCAGACCUGUCCCAAGCCGCCCCCAGCUAAGGUGCUGCAGGUCAAGGAGCUCAGCAGAGGCAGGAGCCAGAGCACCUAGCAGAAGCAGCUGCUGCUGGGGGUGGCACCGUGUAGACCCAACCAGAGGGAGGAAUAAACUGGCCCAGCUGAGCUGCAAGGCAGCCCAAGGGGCUGGGUGUGUGGAAGGGGUGCCCAGAAAAGGAGCCAGGAAGGGCCAGAACAUUCAGUACUAGGAGGAGCCCAAGCCCCCACUUCUGCUUCAUCUGCCUCUUCCAAGCUGGGGGGAUUCUCAGGGAAUGGGGUGCCUUCACUAGGUCCCCAAGACAGAGUAACAACAGUCCUUCAACCCUGCUUCAGUCUAAAAGAAGCUGACCGCUUGAGGCGACAUACAGGGACACCAGGGGGCUGCUCAGGAAGGUCCCAAGGUCUCAGGGGCGUGUCCUGGCUGUGUUCCACACCUACCCUCUCAUUCCAAUCUGUGGGAACACAGAAGAUGGCCUUAGCCAGCUGCCAGAGGGGCAUUUCAAACCGAGCUCUGAGUACAAAGUCGGGUAAGAUAUCUUCACUAAAAGUCCCAAAGGUCCCUUGAGCAGGUGGCAAAGGGGAAUCACGUUGCCUCUCCCCUGCUCUCCUCCAGGAUGCCCCCUGUCACUGCUGGGUGAUCCUCAUCCUCUCUGCUCUAGACCCUCCUUCUCCCUCCCACCCCCUGGCCCCGCUGCAUUCCCCCUUAUGUCUGUAGUCUUUAUUCCAUUCCCUCUUCCGGGCCUGUUUUCCUCAUGCAGAACAAUCCAGCCUGCCCUCGCAGCUGGUACACUACACAGACCUGAGUAAGCAGGGAGUGCGCAAGGCCAGGACUCCUCCACCCCAAGACACAGGGUGGGCAGAAGCGAGAGCAGAGGAACAGGGCAGGGAGCAACUGUGAAAUGCAUUUAGGAUUUCUCUAGCCCUUCCUAAGCCUCAGGGCUGCCUGCCACAGGGGCAUCCAAAGAGGGGCUCUGGAGAGUUAAACUCCCUGAGCGUGUCAGGGGUGUGUUUUCAGCUGCAGGAGGAAGAGGGACAACCAGGCCCAGUCCCCCCUGGGAUCCACUCAGUGUCCUUGCUGGAAAGGCUGGUGGUAUGGACAGGAGAAACUUGAAUUCUCUGGGCCACAGUGAGACAGAUGUGUGGGGGCAACAGAAGAUAGACUGCUUCAGAUUCCCUGCUGGAUGCAAGGCCAUGUCAAUUAGGAGAGAUGCUACCACCUUGCAUUGCUGGUGCAGAGGCGACAGGGGAAUCACAAGCAGAAGACAGAGGCCUCUGUCCACAGCCCAGCCCAGCCUUGUAGAGAGACCCAGGUAACUGGUCCACCUGAUUAACAACUGUGACUCUUUGGUUACUUUUCUGGAGUGGAAAUCGUGGAUCAUAGAUAAAUUGUUUUCCCAGUUUCUCUCUGCAAGGCUGAGUUGCAUAGAGGGUACAGUUUCCACAGUCAGUCUACAUGUGUGUUCAUCCUGGCUUUACCCUAGCUCUGUUACUCUGGAAAAGUUAUAUUUAGUAACCUCUUUGUUCCUCAGUCUCCCCAGCCGAGCAAUGGAAAUAAUGAUGAUGCCUGUCAUAUAAAGUCAAUGUGAAGAUUAAAUUAAUAUGUGUAAACCA